AUGGCCAACUACCUCGCUCAGUUCCAGACCAUAAAGAAUUCACUCGAUCAUCUCGUCAUCGCUGUUGAAGAUGUUAGUGAUUUGUGGCCUACUGUGAAGAAGGGAUUUGAGGAGCAUUUGCCUUUCAAAAGAGCUUGUUUAAACAACAAGACACGUAAUCCCGUGUUUGUAGAGAAUUUCCGGGCUGAAUUCAUAUUAACAACAGAUGCGAGACUCCGCAGCCGAUUCCCACAGGAGCAGUCAUUGUUUUGGUUUCGGGAGCCAUAUGCAACUGCGGUUCUCGUCACCUGUGAGGAUCUUGAUGAGUUCAAGACCAUCCUCAAACCACGGCUAAAGCUAAUUGUCCAAAAUGAUGAACGGGAAUGGUUUAUUGUUUUUGUAUCCAAGGCGCAUCCAAACAAUGAUCAAGCCACCAAAAUGGCAAGUAAAGUAUAUGCCAAACUUGAAGUUGAUUUUAGCUCGAAGAAGAGAGAAAGGUGUUGCAAAUUUGAUCUAUAUAGUGCUGAAGAAAGCUUUUGGGAAGACUUGGAAGCCAAGAUAAUGGAGUGCAUCAGAAAUACAUUGGAUAGACGUGCACAGUUUUAUGAGGAUGAGAUACGCAAGCUCAGUGAACAACGCUUCAUGCCAGUUUGGAACUUCUGCAAUUUCUUUAUUUUAAAGGAAAGCUUGGCUUUUAUGUUUGAGAUGGCCCAUCUUUAUGAAGAUUCAUUACGUGAAUAUGAUGAGCUAGAAAUUUGUUAUUUGGAAACAGUCCAAACGAUGGGAAGGAGAAGGGACUUUGGGGGAGUUGACCAUGGUGAUGAUCAAGCAUCAUUGCUUAAUUCUGGAAACAAACCUUUGACACAAAUUGUUCAAGACGACUCGUUUAGGGAAUUUGAAUUUAGACAGUAUCUGUUUGCCUGUCAAUCAAAGCUUCUAUUCAAGCUGAAUCGCCCCUUUGAGGUUGCGUCCAGGGGAUACUCAUUCAUUAUAAGCUUUUCAAAGGCUCUGGCUUUUCAUGAGAAUAUUCUACCUUUUUGUAUGCGUGAAGUUUGGGUUAUAACAGCUUGCAUGUCCUUAGUCCAUGCAACUGCUUCACAUUAUAAGGAAGGACUUGCAGCAGCUGAUAUAGAAAAGGAGUUCUACCGCCUUCAAGGUGAUCUUUACUCACUGUGCAGGGUGAAGUUCAUGAGGCUUGCUUAUUUAAUCGGAUAUGGCACAAAUAUGGAAAGAAGUCCUGGCAACAGUGCUUCACUCAGCAUGCUACCUUGGCCCAAGCCAGCGACUUGGCCUUCUGUUCCACCUGAUGCUUCGUCUGAGGUUCUAGCAAAAGAAAAGAUAAUUCUACAGGCAACUCCAGCAACCAAGCACUUUGGUAUUCAGAGAAAACCAUUGCCUCUUGAACCUUCUCUACUACUGCGUGAGGCGAAUCGCAGGAGAGCUUCUCUCUCUGCUGGAAAUAUGUUUGAAAUGCUUGAUGGUCGCCAAAAUUUUACUGAUGGUUCAGGUUCAGAUGCAUCAAUUAAGAUGCCCUCGUUACAAAAAGUCCAAGCAAGUGCUAUGUCGCGUACAAACUCUUCACCAGGAAUGUUUGAGAGCUCAAUUGAUAGGCCCAUGAGACUUGCAGAGAUUUAUGUUGCAGCUGAACGUGCUCUGCAGGCUACAGUUUCGAAUACUGAUCUGUGGAAGUCUUUGUCAUCUAUGGAGGAGUUUGAGCAAAAAUAUUUGGAGCUGACUAAGGGUGCUGCGGACAAUUACCAUAGAUCCUGGUGGAAAAGGCAUGGAGUUGUCCUUGAUGGUGAAAUAGCAGCAGUCUUGUUUAAGAAUGGAAACUAUGAUCUAGCUGCAAAGUCAUAUGAGAAGGUUUGUGCUCUUUAUGCGGGUGAAGGGUGGCAAGAUUUAUUGGCAGAAGUCCUGCCCAACUUAGCAGAGUGUCAUAAGAUACUCAAUGACCAAGCUGGCUAUCUAUCUUCUUGCGUGAGGCUUCUUUCAUUGGAUAAAGGCUUGUUUUUAAUGAAGGAACGUCAGGCUUUUCAGUCUGAGGUUGAUCAUCUUGCACAUGCUGAAAUGAAGCAACCUGUGCCACUGGAUGUCUCAUCACUAAUUACAUUCUCCGGUAAUCCUGGGCCUCCAUUAGAAUUAUGUGAUGGGGAUUCUGGUACUCUAUCUGUGACAUUUUGGAGUGGCUUUCCUGUUGACAUAACGCUUGAUUCGCUAAAUCUCACAUUGAAUGCAAUUUUCAAUACUGAUGAGGUUGCUAAGGCAUUAUGGAGCUCUACUGCGAUUGUAUUGAAGCCUGGUCGGAAUACUGUUACCCUAGAUUUACCACCCCAAAAACCAGGUUCAUAUGUUUUGGGGGUUCUUACUGGGCAGAUUGGGCAGUUACGAUUCAGGUCUCAUAGCUUUUCCAAAGGCGGCCCUGAAGACAGUGAGGAUUUUAUGAGUUAUGAAAAGCCUCCGAGGCCUGUUUUAAAGGUUUUCAAAGCACGACCUCUUGUUGAUCUUGCUGCAGCUAUUUCGUCGGCCCUGCUUAUAAAUGAAACUCAAUGGGUUGGAAUUAUAGUAAGGCCUAUUAACUACUCCCUCAAAGGUGCUGUCUUGUAUGUUGAUACUGGUCCUGGUCUUAAAAUUGAAGAGUCCCAUUUCAUUGAGAUGGAAAGCUACAUUGCUGAAUCAAAUAAUUCAGUUGAGCAAUUGGCUCUUUCUGGUGAUAGAGUAGAGUUUCCAGAUUGGGCAAGUAAUUUGCCUUCUGUUGUAUGGAUUCCAGUUCAUGCUAUCAGCGAAACACUUGCAAGAGGAUCAUCUUCAGUGGCUCCCCAAAGACAGAUCAAUUUGGAUGGAAUGAGGACAAUAGCACUGAAACUUGAAUUUGGAGCUUCUCACAAUCAGAUUUUUGAGAGGACCCUAGCUGUGCAUUUUACGGAUCCUUUCCAUGUGAGUACACAAGUUGCAGAUAAAUGCAAUGAUGGAACUUUGCUUCUGCAGGUGAUUUUACACUCUGAAGUGAAAGCCACAUUAACGAUCUUUGAUGCUUGGCUUGAUCUUCAAGAUGGAUUUGUUAAUACCGGACAAAGUGAUGGGCGACCAACCUCUGCCUACUUUCCACUUGUUGUUUCACCAAAUUCUAGAGCCGGAAUAUUAUUCAGUAUACUUUUAGGGAAGACAAACGCUGAAGAUGAAGCUAAGGCUGUUCAAUCAGAUAGUAUACUAAAUAUUAGAUAUGGAAUUUCUGGUGAUAGAACAACUGGAGCGCAUCCACCUGUGGCAUCUCAAUCUUCUGUGCCUGAGGGUGGCGGACAGGGUCUGAUUUUCAGGAGUGCUCUUGUUUUGCAAAGGCCUGUGCUUGAUCCAGUCCUGGCCGUUGGUUUUCUUCCUCUCCCUUCUAGUGGCCUUAGGGUUGGCCAGCUGGUUACCAUGAAAUGGAGGAUUGAAAGAUUAAAGGAUUUUGAGGAGAAUGAACGUUCCCAUAACAAUGAUGAGGUGUUGUAUGAAGUCAAUGCAAAUACUGAAAGUUGGAUGGUAGCUGGGAGGAAAAGAGGGCACAUCACUCUCUCUGCAAAUGAAGGUUCAAGGAUAGAGAUUUCAAUACUAUGUGUGCCUCUGGUGGCGGGAUAUGUUCGUCCCCCUCAUCUUGGUCUGCCAGAUGUUGAUGAAUCAAAUAUAAGUUGCAAUCCAGCAGGGCCUCAUUUGGUUUGUGUCUUGCCUCCAACUUUGAGUUCUUCUUUCUGCAUUCCUGCAUGAUUUCUCUCAGCAAAUUUUUUCCUCUCCUGGAUUCAAAGUUGCCUAAAUUUGAGCUCAUCAUAAUUUGCACUCUGUACGGUCAGUGGGACAUGUUCCAGAUACGGUAAUAGAGAUAAACAUAGGUUUCCCAUUUUGAUAUAUACUGGGAAUUUGUAAAGAUGUAAACUCCUGUUUCAUCAGAUAGUUGGAAAAUCAGCUUAGCUGGAACUAGUUUGCAUUAGGAAGAUUCUUCAAACAUUCACUGUGUCCUACACUCCUAUGUCACUUGACAUCCUGCCUUCUGUAUAGCGGAAUUUGUAUUUUCUGUACAACUCAGUCCUAGAGAGAUGCGUAGCAGGACAUUCAUUUUUUGGUUGGUUGUAAAAUUCUUUGUUUUGAUGGAACAUGGAAUUCAGUAGUUUAAAUGAUAGUGCUGGAAAGGUUAUUUGAUUUGUUCGAGGGCUCAGUUGAUGUUAUGGAAGCCAAUGCUGUCAUCUCGUUUCUGG